CGUGGACCAGGAACGCCUCCUGUGAAACUGGUCUAAGUGCGAGGAGGUCAACCUGGACCAGGAACAACUCCUCCUGUGAACCCGGUCUAAGUGUGUGGAGUUCUAUCAAAGGACGUUCUGAUGGCGGGGAAAGACUACCAUCAUCUGUUUAAGCUGCUCAUCAUCGGAGACUCCAAUGUGGGGAAAAGCAGCCUCCUGCUCCGCUUCGCAGACAGCUCCUUCUCCGGCAGCUACAUCACCACCAUCGGCGUGGACUUCAAGAUCCGAACCGUAGACAUCCAGGGGGAGCGUGUCAAGCUGCAGAUCUGGGACACGGCAGGCCAGGAACGGUUCCGGACCAUCACCUCCACGUACUACAGGAACACACAUGGGGUCAUCGUCGUCUACGAUGUCACCAACCCGGAGUCGUUCGUCAACGUGAAGAGGUGGCUCAACGAGAUCUCUGAGAACUGUGACAGCGUCUGCAAGAUCUUGGUGGGAAACAAAAAUGACGACCCUGCCAAGAAGAAGGUGGAGACCCAGGAUGCUGUGCGUUUUGGGGAAUCGGUGGGCGUCCCCGUCUUCGAGACGAGUGCCAAAGACAACAUAAAUGUAGAAGAGAUGUUCAUGGCCUUCACCCGCAUGGUUCUACGGGCCAAGAAGCAGAGUCAGGACCGAGUUACUCGGGAACGAGAACGGGACGAUACGGUCAACAUCAACGCCCAGAGAGACAGAGACCGCAGGAAGAGAGGGAAGAAAUGCUGCUGAGACCCUAAAAACUGCAAAAGACUUUCAGAUAACUUGAGGGACACUUGACCCCUCAGAGUACAAAAUUUCAUUUUAUUCACAGUGUAACCCAGAAUCUUUAAAGCCCUGGUUCUGACUAACUUUGCCUCAUAAUCAACUUUAAACAC